AGACACAUUAGCUCAUAGAACUUGCAGGAUUAUAGACUUGUUGAAUCAGCCCUAUUAAUCAUUAUUCGAUACUUUUUAAUGGUAGCCAUCCAAUGUCUUCCUUGAGUGUGGCGUGCAUCCCAAGAAGAAUCUUAUCGCCAAGAUUUCUAGUGUUUCUAUAUUUGAUGACGAUUUGAUCCCAGCCUUUGGUACUAUGGGCUCCUAUCUCAAAGCCGAACCACUCGUAAAUCGCCAUGAGAGAUUCAAUGAGGACUUUGAUCACGGAAACCUGCAUAUAAAACUCGUUUGAAGCUGUUAUCUCGUCAGUGUCUUCAGAGUUCCAUCCAGAAAGUGACACUGUUCGUCUUGACCAAAACUCCUACUGCAAACAUGAAUUAUGCUCGCUUUAUCAAUCAAAUCUCUGCCCGACGUCAACCCUCCAUCAUCCGAGAGAUCACCAAGAUGCUGGCCAAUGCCCCGCCCACCAUGAUUCCUCUCUCCGGUGGACUGCCCAAUCCAGCCAUGUUCCCCUUCAUGGAAGCCUCGUUCAAACUCAAUGACGGAUCUCAAUUCAGUCUCAAGGGCAACGACAUGAAACAAGCCUUGCAAUACAUUUCCACCAACGGUCUGGAGAGCCUGGUCCAUCAAUUGAAGCUCGUCCAGGAGACCGUUCACAACUUGCCAGGGGAUUUUUGGUCCAACCGUGACUUGAUCGUCACUCAUGGGAGCCAAGAUGGAUUGGCCAAAGCUUUUGAAAUGACCAUGAAUCAAGGAGAAGGGAUCAUUGUGGAGGAGUUCAUCUACUCGGGUACUUUGGCCAUUCUGAGUCCAUACCAACCGGAUUUGAUGGUGAUCAAGAACGACAAGGACGGCAUGAUUCCUUCUGAUUUGCGAGAGAAACUCGCCCAAGCCAAGACCAUUCCCAAACUGAUCUAUCUCAAUCCCACGGGAGCCAACCCGACUGGUUACAAUUUGACGGCGGAACGGAGACGAGAGAUCUACCAGAUUUGUUCCAAAUAUGACAUCCUCAUCUUUGAAGAUGAUCCCUACUACUUUCUCCAGUUUGGCGAGAGCCGGAUUCCGAGUUUCCUCUCCAUGGACACCGACGGUCGGGUUCUUCGAUUCGACAGUUUUUCCAAGAUACUCAGUUCGGGCAUCCGAUUGGGCUUUUUGAGUGGUCCCAGACCGCUCAUGAAUCGGAUCGUCCUUCACAUGCAAUCGUCGUUGAUCCAUGCGUCUUCUCUGUCGCAAGUGAUCACCAACGAGCUUUUCAAGCAAUGGGGCACACAAGGGUUUCUGGACCACGUCCAUAAAGUGGAACAGUUCUAUCGGCAGCGACGGGAUUGCAUGAGUCAAGCCGCGGAUAAGCAUCUGGCUGGCCUGUGCGAAUGGAGCAUUCCCGAGGGAGGGAUGUUCCUGUGGAUCAAGGUUCAUGGGGUGGAGGACACUUGGGAUAUGAUCCUAGAACACGCUUUCAAAAAGGAGGUCAGUCUGUUGCCCGGUAAGCCGUUCAUGGCCGAACCCAAUAAACCUUGUUCCUAUCUCCGAGCGGCUUUCUCUUUGGCCUCGGAAAAGGACAUUGAUUUAGGGUUUCAGCGUUUGGCUGAGGUCAUUCGAGAGGAGCACGAACGCCAAAGCAUAAAGAAGAAAUGAUCACUACAAUAUGAUGAACUAAAAACGUAUAGUGGGAUAAAUGAUGAAUAUAUGUCAACAUACGUAGACAGAA